CGAGCUUCUCAACCCGAACCCGACCAGAAAAAUUAUCAGAAAUUCAGAAUCACUCUCUCCCCUCAAAAUACAGGAAAGAAGCUGUGGACUUUGGGUGGCGGAUCCAUAUAUUUAGAGAUGGAAACGGAUCCAGAGCGGGAAGCAGCCUCUUCCUUGUCUUCAACAGCCAAACGGCGCUUAUCUUGCACUACCUGCUUCGACGCGCUCUGGUUCUGCUACUCUCCAGUGCAUCAAAUGCAGCAAUAUUACAGGCUUGGACUUUUUGAUAACUGUUCUCAGAAAUGGAGUGAUUUGGUCGACUGUUUGACUCUCAAGACUAAAAGAUCUUCUCAAGUCCAGGAAAUUCUAGAGGCUCGUGAGAAAGCCAAGCCCCACCUUUGGAAGCUGCGGACACCAGAAGAAGCAUCAGUGCACUGGAGACAGCUGUUUGGACACUUGGAUGAUGAAGUGGAAUGAAAACCCUAAAUCACAGCUUUCUUUCUGAAGCAGAUGGCUGUAUUUUGUUUUUUUCUUUGUUUGCACUGUCCCCUAUGGUUACCAAAAUAAUAGAAUAGAAAUUACUGAGACAGAGUAUGCAGAACAAAUCCAUUGAUCGAUACAGGUAGGGGAAACAUGAUUUUGUUUGAGCUUAUUUCAUGUUGUUUUAUAGUUAAUAGAAAUGGCCAAUUAAACCGUUUGAGUUAGCUAGGUCCUGGAAGUAAUGGUAGCCAUAUUAUCUUAAA